AUAAAGACAAUUCCGAAAUUAAGUCAGUAUGCUGAGAGAUGCAUCUCAUAGCCUCAUUUGUUCUUCUAGUUGGGUUAACCCUUUCGGGGGUCCAUGCCGAGUUAAUAGCUGUUAUACAGAUUUUUAGGCAUGGACAACGUACACCCAUAAAUUUUUACCCUAACGACCCUUAUAAAGACCCGUCAUACUGGGGAGGACUAGCUGGUGGACAACUAACAAAUGAAGGAAAAAGAAUGCAUAUGAAAUUAGGUCAAUACACAAGAAGUAGAUAUGCAAACUUUAUACCCCAAAAGUACGACCCAUCUUUUUUCUAUGCACAAACAACAGACGUAGAUCGUACUCACAUGUCCGCACAGAGUAACGUUUAUGGUUUAUUCCCUGUAACAACAAAUGACCAACGGUGGGAAAAUAAAAUCAAUUGGCAGCCUAUACCUAUUCAUCCUGCAAAUAAUAUUGUUUUGUCUAAUUUCGUGUAUCCACCAAACUGUCCAGCAUUCACGACGGAAAUGCAAGCGGUACUGGCUAGCCAAGAGUUUACAACGUACGACUCAGAAAAUGCUGGCCUAUAUGCCUACUUAACCAAACACAGUGGAAUGAAUAUAACGGAUGUUACAACCGCAUUUGACAUAUGGGAUUGUGUAAAAACUGAAGACAAUGUUGGAUUCAGUUUACCAGCUUGGACCAAAUCUAUAUAUCCCGAGCCUCUUCGGACCACGAUUGGAAAAUUUUUUGAAGUUUUUACAUACACGACUAACAUGAAACGAAUUAUAAUUGGGCCAUUUUUAAAUGAAGUUGUUGAAUACUUAGAAUCAAUGGCUGCAAAUUCUAGCUCUUCUCACAAAUACAAAAUGUAUAGUGCGCACGAAUCAAAUAUGGGAGCAAUUUUAAAUGCAUUUGGUGCCUUUAACCCUAGCUCUCCUCCAGCGUUUGCAUCGACAGUUUAUAUAGAACUACAUAAGGAAAACUGGAAGUACACAGUAAAAGUGUUUAAUAAAGAACUGGACAAUAUCAGACAGGUCAGCGUUAACGGUUGUGACUUAAAUUGUCCUUUAGAUAGCUUUAAAGAAAAUUUAAGUGAUUUUAUUAUUGAUGCUGAUACUAGGGAUACGGAAUGCAAUAGUGUAGAGGAGAAAAAACUGCUUUUAGGAAGUGCAGCUGCUACAAUUGGAAAAUAUUCUGCCGAAGAACUUGAACAAAAAUUUGCAGGUUUUUCAACAUAAAAAUGUAAAUUUGUAUUAUUUAGUUCAAACAAAAAACUAAAAAGAAAAACAAAUAAAUACGCUUUAGAAUAAAAAAUUUUAACAGAAAAA